GCCCCGGUCCCUAGCCUCCGGACAGAUCGCGCAUCCGCCGCUAUGAUUUUCGAUAAAGUCAAACAGUUCUCGGUGGUGCUGGAUUGCCCCGAGCUAGAGCCGGUGUUCAGCAGCGGGGAGGAGGUGUCCGGAAAAGUGUUGCUGGAGUUGUCCGCCACGGCUCGGGUGAGCGCGCUGCGGCUGCACGCCGAAGGCUGCGCCAAAGUGCACUGGACCGAGUCCCGUAGCGCCGGCUCCAGCACCGCCUACACCCAAAAUUACAGUGACCAAGACGAGUUCGUCUGCUACCGCGACACGCUGCUAGAUGCAGAUACCGGAGAUACCACCGUUCUACAGCCGGGAAGGCACGAAUUUCCAUUCAGCUUCCAGCUUCCAGAAACUCUGGUUACCUCUUUUGAGGGAAAGCAUGGAAACGUUCGCUACUGUGUGAAGGCCAAACUUCACCGACCCUGGGCUACGGCGAAAAGAGCCAAGAAGGAAUUCACAGUGAUCGAACCCAUUGAUAUCAACACACCGGCCUUGCUGGCUCCUCAGGCAGGUGUGAAAGAGAAGAUCGCCCGGGCCUGGUACUGUAACCGAGGACAAGUCGCUGUUACUGCCAAGAUUGAUAGAAAGGGCUACACACCAGGUGAAGUCAUCCCGAUUUUUGCUGAAAUCGACAACUGUACCAAUCGGGCGGUGACUCCCAAAGUGGCCCUCAUUCAGACCCAGACCUUCAUUGCCCGUGGUGCCAAGAAGCAGAAGAAAUCAGUGGUGGCCAGCAUCACGGGAGACCCGAUCUCCGCAAGAAAGCGGGAACUCUGGCAUGGGCGAGCCCUGAAGAUUCCCCCCGUCGGCCCCUCGAUCCUUCACUGCCGCAUUAUUCAUGUGGAGUAUUCUCUAAAGGUUUGUGUUGAUAUUCCGGGGACCUCCAAGCUGCUGUUGGAGCUGCCGAUCGUGAUCGGCACCAUACCGCUGCACCCAUUUGGCAGCCGGACUUCCAGCGUGGGCAGCCAGAAUAGCGCCACCCUGGAGUGGCUGCACAUGGCCAUUCCUGAACAGCCGGAGGCCCCCCCUGAAUAUUCCACCAUUGUGUCUGAAGAAGAGGCCAGACAAAACCUGGCCCCUCCUCUCCAGGCUGUGCACUUUGGGGUCCUGGAAGGCCCGUUCUUUCCUUAUAUCCAAGAAUUCCGCUACCGGCCCCCACCGCUGUACUCUGAGGUGGAUCCGAAUCCUCCCUCGGACAGCAUCCGGCCUCGCUGUAUGACCUGUUGAAGGAAGGAUCGGAGUCUUGACUGGAACAUGAAUGUGUUCUGGAUGAUGAGUUUGCAGAGGCACCGGAUUCUUGACCCGGAAGGUUUUUGCGCAGGUAGCCUGGUCUGAGAGGUUUGCCGUGGAACUGGAGUACCCAUCCCUCCCCCCACCUCCUGGCACCUAUCGGCCCCACCUUAAAGGCUCAGGAGUUGCCAUGUCGGAGGUUAUAUUUAUCCUCCGCCAUGAGCAUCUGCUGGUGCUUCGAAGGGGAAACCACUCUCAAUUGACGAACCGAGAUGUCGGUCUCGCUGGCUGGAGAUUAUACCCCAAGACUCACCAAGGCCUCACCUCUCCGUACUCUGACGGAGAUGUUGCCACGUGGACUUUGUGGAGCCAGAUGGGCAGAAGGAUGGCGGCCUCUGAGGAGGAGGCUGGUUUGGGGUGAUGAGGAGGGCAAGGGAGGAAGAGAGCCAAGCCCAGAGUGGUUGGUUUCUAAUUUCCACAGGCUCAUCUUCAGAAGUGUCCCUCUUAAACUGUCCCUGGUUGGCCUAAGUGAUCCAGUCAUUAGUGCUCCUAAAAUAAUGGGAACCUUAAAGUAUAUCUCAGGACAUCAGGGGAAAAGGGUUCAAAAUAAUUGUAAGUGACAUGACCAGCCCAUGUUAGGUAGUAGUUUCAGCCUAGCUCUGUUCGGCUGCCCCACCGGCCCCGAAAAUUCAGAGUGGUCACACUUUGACCUCAAAGCUCCGAGGGCCUUGGAUUUGCUUGCUGGAGGAGCCACACUUAAGAUUCCCAAUGUGUCUUAAUACGAAAUACAAGAUUGGGGGAAUGGUGGACAGGAGAAAGCAGGAAGUGCCUUCAGGAGCGUUAUUGUUUAUUGGGUGAUUUUUUUUGUUUUGUUUUGUUUUUGUUUUUUGUACUUUUUCAUUUUUGACUUUCACCAGAUUAAGUACUAACACCACACACUAUGGCAGGCCCUGGCCUAGAAAAUUAGUUAAAUUUGCACAGGCCCCAGGGUGAUGCAGGGGCAAAGAGUCAGAAAAUCUGCUGUCACGUGGAAGGACUUGGUGCUUUCGGCAAGAGGGAUGCUUGUGUUCCGUGACCAUUGCCAGGCUGGUUAGGAGAGGGGAAAAAUCAACCCAAUCCUGGCUCAGGUUGCCUAUUGAUCCAUAAGUGUUUAGGCAACACCAGGCUUCAUAAUUAGUACUUCUGAUGCAAGGAAGCUAAUGUCGAGGCUAGAGGCUUGAAGGAGCAGUGCUAUGUAGGUGGGGUUUUUGUGUUUUGGAGUUUUUGUUUUGGGGGCUUUUUUUUUGGUUGUUUUUCACUUUUUUUCUUUUUUAAAUGCACCAAACAGAGCAUAGUUUCUUGCAGUAUAGGUGGUUUGGGAUCGUUCCACAUGCCUUAGACUGGGUUUAGAGAACAGGUGGGGAAAAGGGACUCAAGGUCUGGGUCAGUCUCUCCUUCAGAAUAAGAGUGUAUUCAAGAUGAUCUUAGCUAACAGUAGCCAGAGGCUCCUAUUUUGUAGUAGGUUAACUUGAGCUGGCAAAAUCCUGUUAGUUUAUAGAAUUUCUGGGUACCAUGUCAGUGGCUUGUCUGAAGGUUUGUUUUUAGCUAGAGUUGCUGUCAGUGGGAAUUUGCCUUCCAAAGAACUGCCACCCUGACUUGCUUCUGGUGGUAGCAAAAAUUGCCUUUUCAACUAAACCAAAGCUUAAAAUAUGGUGUGGCUUGUUUUGUUUGUGUGAUUUUUUUUUUUUUCCCAGUUUACCUUCACUAUGGAAUUGCCUCUAACUGGAACUAUUCAUACUGUGGUUUUGUUUUGGUAUCUUUUUUUUAUAUUUUAAAAAUUUGUAUUUGUGACUAGUUUUUGUACGCU